UAACCUUUUGUGAGCAAAGGACCUUCCCUGCCGAGUUGGAUACACCAACCCACCGUUCUUUAUUUCUCGAGGGCGGACCCCAAGCCUCGGAGGCAGCUGUCCCGCUCGCUGGGUCGGUGCUGCUAGAAGAUUAGGCAUGACAUGAAGGAGAAUGGUGCAGACGUGCAGAACAUGGGCUCAGUCAUCAGAUGGGGCGGGGAGACGGGGAAGGAGCGCUGCUAGCCCUGUGAGGUUGGACAGUACCCCAACCCCAUGGAUAAAAAUGUCAUCUCUGUAAAAAUUGUGGAGGAAAAAAGAGAUGAAUCAACCGGGGUUAUCUAUAGAAAGAGGAUUGCAGUUUGUCAGAACGUGGUUCCAGAAAUUUUAAGGAAGGUGAGCAUUUUAAAAGUACCUAAUAUCCAGUUAGAAGAGGAAUCAUGGCUCAAUCCUCAGGAGAGAAACAUGGCUAUACGGAGUCACUGCCUUACGUGGACACAGUAUGCAUCCAUGAAGGAAGAAUCUGUCUUCCAGGAAAGUGUGGAAAAUCCAAAUUGGACAGAGUUCAUUCAAAGGGGCAGGAUUUCAAUCACAGGAGCUGGAUUUCUCAACUACAUUUUGGAAACUUUUGCCAGCACAUUCUUAAGACAGGGAGCCCAGAAGGGAAUUAGAAUCAUGGAGAUGCUGCUAAAGGAACAGUGUGGUGCCCCCUUAGCUGAAUAAAGAGCCAUCAGGAAUCCGUAUGCAUAUCCACUUGUUUCUGCGAAUCACCUCCUGGCCAUAACACAUCAUAGACACAGUUUCUGGAAUACAGGUUUGGGGAUACAGUAUUGGCAGCUUAAAGAAGAGGAGACCUUCUGCCGGGACAUAAGAUGUUGUACUGCCCUGGGAGCCUGCUUCAAAUAGUGGGACUCAUGGAGAUGAAAACUUCUUGCUGGAUUUUUAUGACACAGUCUCUUUAUGAUUUUACAAAUAAAGGAAAAACCCAUAUGAAA